CCAGCUCCGCUGACGCUCCAGAAACACGUUGAGCUAAGUUGUCAAUCAAACUGAUCCAAACCGCUCGGCAGUCAAAUCUAGGUUUAUUGUUAUAAAUUCAGGUUGUAUGUUUUAGCAGUAUGAACGGGGCUGUUUUGGCUCGUUGUUCUGUGCGAUUUCAAACCGCAGGAGGAUAUGCUGGUUUUUAAUCCUACCAGAUCUCAGUCAGGAAGGAAGCACUUGCGCUGCAGACCUGCAGACCUGAGCUAACCCAUUUUUAAUUAACUGCUUCACGACUCCUUAUCACUGCGCUUUUUUUGGAAAUGAAAACGACAUUAUUCCUGCUGCACGCCAUCUCAUGCUGCUGGUUGGUCGGUGCUACUCUUUCAAAAACUGAUGCAAAGAAGUCGCAUAAAGCUGAGGCUGAGACAUCUCCAGCUGAGUUGUCUGUGUUGGAGAGAGGCCUUGUUGUGUCAGACCCGCACUGGAAAGACAUAGUAAAGGAGGAAAAGAGAUACUAUGCUCACAUCAAGAGAACAUUUCAAGGACAAGUGCUUGGAUAUGUCACACCUUGGAAUUCCCACGGCUAUGACAUUGCCAAGAUGUUUGGCUCCAAACUAACUUCACUGUCUCCGGUGUGGCUUCAGCUUCGCCGACGGGGACCUGAAACCUUUGACGUUACGGGACUCCACGAUCAUGACCCAGGCUGGGUCAAAGCUGUACGCAAGUCUAACAAAAAAGUCAGGAUGGUGCCUCGGCUGUUAUUUGAUGGCUGGUCUUACCAGGACUACUUGAGCGUGUUGGGGAGUGAAGAUGAAAUUGAAGAGCUGGGAAGUGAGCUGGUCGAUGUUGCAAAGACUGAAGGUUUCGAUGGUUUCACCUUGGAGCUGUGGAGCCAGCUGGGAGGUAACAAAAGAAAGGAGCUGGUCCAUUUGGUGAAACACAUAUGUGAGACUUUAAAGGCUAAAAGAUUAGACUGCAUUCUUGUUAUUCCACCUGCUGUGACAAGUGCGGGACAGCCGGGUAUGUUUGGCAGGGAGGAGUUUGAGCAGUUGGCCCCUGUAGUCGAUGGAUUCAGCCUCAUGACAUACGACUACUCCAGCGGUGCCAGACCGGGCCCGAGCUCUCCCUUGCCCUGGGUGAGAGACUGUGUUCUCCAGCUGGCACCCAACACUCAGUGGAGGCAAAAGAUCCUGCUUGGACUCAAUUUGUAUGGCCUUGAUUUUGCAAGCCAGGGAACAGAGCCAAUCCUGGGAGGAAGGUACAUAGAGAUUUUGCGAGAACACAGGCCAAAACAUCUCUGGGAUGAAUACUCUGGAGAGCAUUAUAUCAGUUACAAGAGAAACAAUGCAGUUAAGCAUGUGGUGUACUAUCCAUCAUUGAAGUCAAUCUACCUGAGGAUCUCUUUAGCUACUGAGCUGGGAACAGGAAUUUCCUUAUGGGAAUUAGGACAAGGACUGGACUAUUUCUAUGAUCUCCUAUGAGAGUUGGACUUGAUAGUGAAGACUGUGGACUUCGGAUCAUCAGCACAUUUUUUUCUUUUUCCUUGAACAUGGUGCACCAAAAAUUCAAGUUGUUUUUCCGUUUCUGAGCGAGUGACAUGAACUCUGAAACGAGCUGUUGACAGGAUUUAGUUAAUACUCAACUUGUUUGAGGGUCAUGAAAGUGUUGAGAAAUCUUGGGAUUUCAGUCUAGGAUUUGGUGAUUCAAACGAUACUAGCAGCAGACACUAGGUACUUCAGUAUGUUUUCCUUUUAAUUGAUGAUAUUGUGUGAAAAAAUUCAACUUUUCAUUCCGUACAGAAUGCAGUAAUACAUCUCCAUUCAACAACAGAGGCUGCAUGAUCAUCAAUAUGUAUAAAGGUUAAAUGAGGGCUUAUACUCUUGAGGCCUUCAGAGUUCAUGUGCCACAAACAUCUGCAGCCUCUCUUCAGUCCAAAUACAGAAAUCUUGUGCUGUUUUGCGCUCCAUUGCCCGCAAACAUUUCUGCUCCUGGGUGCAGCUUUGCUGGCAGUGAAGAUGCAUCCUCAACAUCUUCAAUGGAUCUGCAUCUACUCUUGACACCCCAAGUUUAUCUUUUUUUUUUUUUUUUAAUUUUCAAAUCAAGACAUUUUGUGUGUUUGUUUUUUUGUGGGGUUUUUUUAAAGUUAGGUUUAUAAUAACAAGCAUUGACAAGUAAUGAAUUUGUAUUUACAGUGUUGCCAAACAUCUGUGCCGACCCAGCAUCUUCCAACGUCUGAGAUGAAUGUUCAUGAAUAUAAAUGUGGUACAAAUAA